AGUGGGACGCUGUCGUGCACCUGACGCCACAAUCGACGACUAUGGGUUGCUGGUUGGGUUCUCUCUCUGGGGUACCCUCUGGCGUCUCCUCUUUCCUCUGGGCUUUUGGCCCACUUUCACGUGUAGAGUAGGGCCCAAUCGUGGUGGUACUUCCACCAGCCCCUACACGAAGGAGGAGGAGGAUAAGAUGGCCGUCAUUUUGCAGGAGAGGAAGGAGAAGAAGGAGGCCAAGAAGAAGGCCUUGAAGGAGGAGCAGGCGGCCAAAUUGAAGAAGAUAGAAGAAGAGAUGGCCAGAGAGAAGGAGAGGAUAAAGAAGGAAGAGGAGGCGAAGUUGAAAGAGGUGGACGAGGAAGAAGAAGAAGGGCCGCCACUACAAAGGAAGAGUGGGCAGAACAGUGGCAGCAAGGAUGAAGAAAUGGAGAAGCGGAUUUCAGAAUGGGUCGCCAACUUGUCCCAGGGUGAAGAGGAAGAGGUUGCUAUGUACAUCCCCAAGGAUGAGCAGGAAGCCGCCAUGAAAAAAUGGGAAGCAGAGGAAGAUGUUUUGACGCGGCGGGCGAUGGAAGAUGGACAGAGGAUAGCGUGGAAGCUCACAAUGAUGAGGGAGAAGAAGAGACGAGUGGAGGUGGCGAAUGCAGCAAUACAGGAAUUGGAGGAGGUGCAGAAAUUGAGGAUGUCCCCGCGGGAGUUAGAGGAGCUGCGGAAGCAGUUGGACGAGCUCCUCGAAAAGGGUUGGAUUAGGCCCAGUUCGUCUCCUUUCGGACCCCCUGUUCUCUUUGUCCCUAAGAAAGAGGGAGAGYUGAGGAUGUGUAUAGACUAUAGGGGUCUGAAUGCCAUUACAGUGAAGAAUGCUGAGCCACUGCCUAGGAUAGACGAUCUCUUAGAUCGAGUGCAGGGGGCGAAGUAUUUCUCCAAGAUAGAUUUGAAGUCCGGAUAUCAUCAGAUAGAGGUGCAUCCUGAUGAUCAGUACAAGAUAGCCUUCCGGACUAGAUAUGGGCACUACGAGUUCAUUGUGAUGCCCUUUGGACUGACCAAUGCGCCAGCUACGUUCCAGCGCUGCAUGAACGAUUUGUUUAGGCCGUGGUUAGACAGAUUUGUUGUAGUUUACUUAGAUGACAUCUUAGUGUUUAGCCGGACCCUUGAAGAGCAUCAGGAUCAUCUCAGGCAGGUCUUGGAGAAGCUGAGGGAAGCUAACUUCAAGAUCAAUGCAAAGAAGAGCGAUUGGGCGAAGACCCAAGUUUUGUAUUUAGGCCACGUCUUAGACGGAGACGGCGUUAAGCCAGAGGAUAGCAAGAUCGCAGCGAUUAGAGAUUGGCCCACGCCACGUACGCUGACAGAGUUGCGCUCGUUCCUGGGCUUGGCGAAUUACUAUAGGAAGUUCGUGAAGAACUUCUCCACCAUCGCUGCGCUCCUUCCCAGAUUGUUGAGAAAAAAGACCAUCUGGCAGUGGGAUAAGGACUGCACGUCUGCCAUGAAGAAGUUAAAGCAGGCGUUGAUAGAGUAUCCAGUCCUUAAGGUCGCCGACCCGUCCUUGCCCUUGGUCGUCACGACCGAUGCGAGUCAAUACGGCAUAGGUGCAGUGUUACAACAAGACGAUGGCAAUGGGUAUAGACCCGUAGAGUUCAUGUCCGCCAGAAUGCCUUCAGAGAAGGUCGCGACAUCGACCUAUGAGAGGGAACUCUACGCUCUCAAGCAAGCCUUAGAUAACUGGAAGCACUACUUGCUUGGGAGGCACUUCAAAGUCUAUUCUGACCAUGAAACGUUUCGAUGGUUAAAGACGCAGGCCAAGAUGACACCUAAGAUUACUAGGUGGGCCGCAGAGAUAGAUCAGUACGACUUCGAGCUCAAGCCUGUCAAAGGGAAGUACAACGUAGUCGCGGAUGCUCUGAGUAGAAGGGCUGAUUACUUUGGAGCGAUAGUGCAUUAUCUUGAUAUAGGGAAGGACCUGCAGCAAAGGGUUAAAGAAGCGUACGCGCAGGAUCCUAUCUACAGUAACCUCCUUAAGAAAGUCAAAGAGGCCCAGAGACUGAGCCAAACUACUGCACUACUGAAGGGUUACUAUUUGUGAAGACUAAUGUCUUUGACCGGUUGUGCAUUCCCAAUAGCGAAGAGAUUCGUAGUCUGAUCUUGGGAGAAUGCCACGACACAG